AUGGAGAACACUGAAAAUUCAGUGGAUUCAAAAUCCAUCAAAACUUCAGAGACAAAGAUCUUACAUGGAAGCAAAUCAAUGGACUCUGGAAUAUCCUUGGAAGAGAGAUACAAAAUGGAUUAUCCUGAAAGGGGUGUAUGUAUAAUAAUUAAUAAUAAGAACUUCCAGAAAGAUACUGGCAUGGAAUGUCGAUCUGGUACAGACGUGGAUGCAGCAAACAUCAGGGAAACCUUCAUGAACUUGAAAUAUGAAGUCAGGAUUAAAAAUGAUCUUACAUGUAAAGAAAUGUUGGAAUUAAUGAGCAACGUUUCUAAAGAAGACCAUAGCAGAAGGAGCAGUUUUAUUUGCGUACUUCUAAGCCAUGGUGAAGAAGGAAUCAUUUUUGGAACAAAUGGACCUGUCAGUCUGAAAAAAUUAGCAAGUUUCUUCAGAGGGGACUAUUGCAGAAGUCUGACUGGAAAGCCCAAACUUUUCAUUAUUCAGGCCUGCCGAGGCACAGAACUGGACUGUGGCAUCGAGACAGACAGUGGUGCUGAGGAUGACAUGGCCUGUCAGAAAAUCCCGGUUGAGGCAGACUUCUUGUACGCAUAUUCUACAGCACCUGGUUACUUUUCCUGGCGAAACUCAAAGUAUGGAUCCUGGUUCAUCCAGGCUCUUUGUGAGAUGCUGAAAAAGUACGCUCGCGACCACGAGCUCAUGCACAUUCUUACUCGGGUUAACCGAAAGGUAGCGAUAGAAUAUGAGUCCUUCUCCACUGAUUCUACUUUUCAUGCAAAGAAGCAGAUUCCUUGUAUUGUGUCUAUGCUCACAAAAGAUCUGUAUUUCUAA